CAUGAAUUCCAGUAUGAAGAUGGAGCAAGAAAUGAAGGAGAAUAUAAAGAAUAGUCCUGUCCCAAGAAGAACUCUGAAGAUGAUUCAGCCUUCUGCAGAUGGGUCUCUUGUUGGAAGAGAAAAUGAGUUGGUUAAAGGCUUACCCAAAAAGAAACAUUGGAAUGACCAAGUAACAUUGAAGACUUCCAGCUCUGGAGUUGACCCGGAACAUAGUGAAAAUAAAAUUGUUGGAGGAGUCACCCAAGAAGCAUAUGACCUUAUGAUUUCAGAAAAUCCAUCCUCUCAGUAUUGGAAAGAAGUGGCGGAAAGACGGAGGAAGGCUCUCUAUGAAGCACUUACAGAAAAUGAGAAACUUCAUAAAGAAAUUGAACAGAAGGAUAAUGAAAUUGCUCGCCUAAAAAAGGAGAAUAAGGAACUGGCAGAAGUAGCACAACAUGUACAGUAUAUGGCAGAGGUAAUUGAGAGAUUGACUGAAAAGCCGUUGGAUAUCUUUGAAUCAACGGAUAGUCAGGAAUUUGAUUCCGAAGAGGAAAUUACUGAUUCUGAAGUGGAAGACUCUGAGAUUGGGACACGUGCUGAAGAAACUGUAUCUUCCUCCACAGAUGCAAAGCCGUGUAUAUGAGUCAACUAACCUGAACCGAGAAGUCUACUGCCAGGAUUGGCCUCCACCCUAGUUCUUUGUAGCAGAGCAGAUAACUAUAUUGCAAACUUGGAAUCCACCUUUCCUGGUUUGCACCCUGGGGCCCUUUGUAUUCAAAUACAAAUACUAUGUAUUAUUAAUCUAUGGUAUUUUAUAAAUAGCAUUUGCUCAGUUAGACUUAAUGUAUUUCAUAAAUAAAAUUGAGUUUACUAUUGAAUGUUUUGUGUGCCUUGAAAGAGUGAGAAAAAUAAAUUAUUUUUAUGG